UGUAUAGCUUUCUUUACUUAUUCCUGGAGACUUGGAGAGUUCCUUUGCAAGUUUGUGAACUACCUUCAGAAUUUGUCUAUAAUCUGCUCCGUCAUGACACUGACAGGAUUGAGUCUAGAAAGAUACUAUGCUAUUCUCCAUCCGAUAAAGUCUAAGUAUGUUUGUACGAUAAGUCUAGCAAGACGAAGUGUUGCCUGCAUUUGGAUUCUGAGCGUCAUCAUGGCAACCCCAACUCUUGCAGGCCAGACUCACAAGUUGGUAGGUACACACCGGAAUGCCCAUUGGUGUAUAUUGGAGUGGGACAAUAUCUUUGUACAGAGAUUGUAUGGUGUUUACAUGUUCCUGAUCAUCUUGUUCGUCCCAUUCGUGAUUCUAAGUUUCACUUACACCAGCAUCUGUAGAAAACUAUGGAAAAUGGAUGGACGCGACCAAAAUAUAGGCAAUGUCAAUGACAAUCAAGAGACUGUCCAACUUCGACGAGUGUUGUCAAGACGAGACAAAAAAACCAUCACCAACAGAGGGAUUCAUGGCGAUGAUACUUAUUCCAGGAAGCAGGUCGUGAAGAUGCUUGUAACCAUUAUCAUCCUUUUUAUGAUCUCCUGGGGACCAAUAACGACCAACAAUCUCUUGGUAUCCUUUGACAUCCUAGACAACUUGCACAUGGGAACGUUGAAACACGUCCGCCAAGCGUUUUAUGUGUUAUCGUACUUUAAUAGUUGUGUCAACCCAAUUGUCUAUGGGUUCAUGUCCAAGAAUUUUAGGAAGGCGUUUAUCAUUGCACUAGGCUUUAUGUGUUUUGGUCGCAGACAGAGAAGCCGAUUUUUGGAUGAAACUGUCGUACGUUUUUCUACAGAAAAUCGCUCUAGCAGUGUAGUACAGAGUUAUCAAUAUAGGAUUUCUAAACAGUUCACGAGAGAACAGAGCACCUAUGUACACUGAAUGAUGUACAGGGAAAUUUCUA